AUUAUUUCACCAGAGCACAGAACGACAUUAGAGAGGUUCGGUACAUAUUGCUAAUACACAGUAGUAGAACAAUAUUUUUUAUUCUGCUGUUUGACGGGAGAAAAGGUAGUCAUGCGGUGCGUAGCCCUUUUGAUCCUUGGAGUUCAUCUAGCAUAUGCUGCAAGACACUCCCUGCAAUACUUCUACACUGGUGUGUCUGGAGACAUUAACUUCCCAGAGUUCACUUCAGUUGGUCUGGUUGACAGUGGGCAGUUUUAUUACUUUGAUAGCAACCAAAUGAAAGCUGUACCAAAAACAGAGUGGAUCAGAGAGAAUGAAGGAGCAGAUUACUGGAACAGAGAGACUGAGAACAUGAUUAACGCACAUCAGGUUUUCAAGAACAACAUCCAGGUUGCAAAAGAACGAUUCAACCAGUCAUCAGGUGUUCACACCUUUCAAUUCAUGUAUGGCUGUGAGCUGGAGGAUGAUGGUACCACUCGAGGAGACUUGCAGUACAGUUAUGAUGGAGAUGACUUCAUCAGCUUCAAAAAGGACACACUCGACUGGACCGCUGCUAAUCCUCAAGCUGUCAUCACAAAGAAGAAAUGGGAUGCUGAUAGAGCUGAUUCAGAAUACCAGAAAACAUAUCUGGAGAAGGAAUGCAUUGAGUGGCUGAAGAAGUAUGUGAGCUACGGCAAGAACACUCUGGAGAGAAAAGUUGAACCUGAGGUGUCUCUGCUGCAGAAGGACAAGUCUCCGGUUAUCUGUCAUGCUACUGGGUUUUACCCCAGCAACAUCAUGAUGACCUGGAAGAAAAACAAUCAGGAUCAUAAUGAGGAUGUGGAUGUCAGUUCAACUUUGCCAAAUGCAGAUGGAACAUUUCAGAAGAGCAUCAGUCUCUCAGUGAAGUCUGAGGAGUGGAAGAAGAAUCCAGAUGUCUACAGAUGUGUCAUUCAACACGUUGCAGCAGAGAAAGAGAUUGUUGUCCCUCUCAAUGAAAACAACAUCAGGUCUAACACAGGAGCUGUCAACAUCAUUGCUAUUGUUGUGGGAUGUGUGGUGAUGUUGGCUGUUCUUGCUGCCAUAAUUGGACUGGUUGUGUGGAAAAAGUCCAAGGGCUAUAAGAGGACCGGUACCCAAGACAGUGAUUCUGAAAACUCUGAUCAACCUCUUCCAAAAGCAUAACAUGACACCUGCACAUUAAUGCCUUUCCUAGUCUGUCUUAUCACUGUACUGCAAACAGAGAAUAAUUUGAAGUAUGGAUGUUAUGGCACAAAGGACUUGUAGAGAGGAGAUGGAUACAUCUAGAAAAAAGUCUUCACAAAAAUUUGUCUUUCAUAAAUUUGUUAAAGCAGCUCUAGUUUGGGUUUAUUUAUUCUAGGGUUUAUUCUCUUGUUGUGUUGUUAUUUUUUCCCACAACAAAAAUCUGAUGCUAAUUUUAAAGUAAAUGUGGUAGUGAUAUUGUUUGAGCAUAAUAAAUUAAUUUAAUGAAAUUUCUUCAAUCUUAAUUAAAUGCAAAUGUAAUUUGCCAAAAAGAUACAUAUUAUUCACAGAUGUUUUCCUUUACUUUUAUAAAUGUGAUAAGUUUUUCAUUUUCCUCAUUGCAUAUACAUCUCCUAUGUUAAGUUUGUUGUUAGAGUUGUUGAUGGGAUGUUUACAGUUUCAUUAACGUUGAUCUGUCUAAUUUUAAACUUUUUAUCUAGUUUUAGGUAAAUUUGAUGUAUCCCUUAAUUUUCUUGUUCUUUUAUCAAACAGUGACUAUUUUUGUUUUAAUGAUAAGAUUUUCAAAUUGUAAAAGUAUAGAUCUUCUCAAGGGAACGUUUAUGUUAAAUUUAAAAAGAGUUUUGCGGAAAAACAGUUAAAUCUAAAUAAAAUAAUAAUAUAAA